CACACACACACACACACACACACACACACACACACACGGGAGCUGUGCUGUGCUGUUCUGUUAUCCUGCUGUUCUACCCGUUUGGGCAGUAGGCUUGGGCGUAAUCUACAAAAAAAAGCUUUGUCUCUUGGCAGGUGCAAUGGAAACUCGUAGACUUGUCGAAGAUUUCCCGCAAAGCAAUGCAUCAGAUGACUCACACUCUGAAGAUAGACUCGAGGUGUAUGUCAGUAGUCUCCAGAGACGCCCCGUUGACUCGGAGACAACACACUCUGAACUCCUUAGCAGCGACCCAAGGCAUCCAAUGACUGAAAUUUGCCCACGUCCAUUCGACAUGGACCACUUGGGUUGGCUGUUUGACAAAUGCAUCCAAGAGGUGCGUGGGCUGGAGGCGCAGAGGGACGAGCUCAUACGGGAACUUCUCAGUUUGCACGCUCCCAUGCUGCAAGCGGUGGCACACUUGAGAAGAAAGGUUGAGGAGGCGCGCAAAACGCUCACCCUGGUGCAGCUGGAUCAUAUUGGUGUUUGCGAGGACGUGCAACAGGUUAAGAAGAGGCUGUUAAGGGCGGCCAGAGGCUGCAUCCAGAGCCAGGUCACACUAGCAGCACAGAAGUACGAUGUGGCUCAGUCCUCAAUCACGCAAGAUGAACUCAAGGCUCAGAUCCCACGGCUGACCCAGGAGCUGUCAGAGCUUCAGGAGGCUCACCGGCACAAGCUGAGCUGCCUGCGGGAUGAGGCCAGAAAGCCUUCCCGUGGUCUGGCGCGGUCCCUCAGUGACGUCAGCCACUGCCGCCGGGCGUCUCUCAGCCUGCAGCGGCGGCUGAGCGGCAGCAUGAGGUCGCUGGAGGGCUGGUACGAGCCUCGGCUCAUGGCCUUACUCCGGAGGAGGCAGGCUGGAGAGGAGGCCCUGAGGAAGAGCAAAGAGCUGGGGCAGGAUCUGAGUGUCCGGCUGGGACCCCUGGAGCAGGACGUCCAGAGGCUGGAGCUGCAGAGAGCUUGUUUGGAGGACAGGAUGGUCCUGAUGGAAAGGGACAGGCGGGACUGCAAGGCUCAGUACGAGGUCUAG